AACCUCGAACGACUGACCCAACAGGCACCUGUCUCCUCGCCAAUCCUCACGAGACAUCAACACCCAUCAGUCGCAAAGAUGGCGGAUUCCGACGCCCCCGUCACGCUGCGUACGCGCAAGUUCAUCCGCAACCCCCUGCUUGGCCGCAAGCAGAUGGUCGUUGACAUCCUCCACCCUGGCCGUGCCAACAUCUCCAAGGAGGAGCUCCGCGAGAAGCUCGGCUCCAUGUACAAGGCCGUCAAGGACCAGAUUUCCGUCUUCGGUCUGCGCACCCAGUUCGGUGGCGGCAAGACCACCGGCUUCGCCCUCGUCUACGACUCUCCCGAGGCCAUGAAGAAGUUCGAGCCCCGCUACCGCCUCAUCCGCGUCGGCCUCGCCACCAAGAUCGAGAAGGCCAGCAGGCAGCAGCGCAAGCAGCGCAAGAACCGCCAGAAGACGCUGCGCGGUACCGCGAAGGUCAAGGGUGCCAAGAAGAAGAAGGAGACUUAAACGGGUCGCGACCCCAGGGCGACAACCGAUACCCACCCGGCCGGGCCUCCUUUUCGACCGAUGGAGAAAAGAGAUCGAAGGGUCCCGCGGCGCGC